GGCUGUGGUAUUUCCUGUGUCAGUUGGCAAAAAGGAAAAGCAGCAUCGUCCAGUUCAAGUGAAUUUGUUGGAUCUGGCACAGAUUCUGACCCAGCAACCGUGAACUUUGUACAGGCUUAAGGAUGAAGAGACAAGACAGUGACGAGCAAGACACGGCGGUGGAGAACCCAUCGGGCGCCCCAGUCAGCCCAGGGGGCACAGCAGACAGUACAGAGCCCGCGGAGACACCCGGGAGUCCGCCAGGAGAGGACACUCAGUCGGCCGAAACCCCACCUCUUGACGUCAGUGCCAACGGUGGUUUGGCGGAGGCGGGCGCCCUGGCCUCCUCGUGUGACGUGGCGGAGGAGCUGAGCCGGCAGCUGGAGGACAUCCUCAGCACCUACUGCCAGCAGGAUGCCUCCUCCCACUCCUCCUCCUCCGUGGUGGAGGACGCGGCCCUGCUGCCCAACGGCCAGUCGGACGGCCUGGAGCACGGCGACCUGUUGGCCGACGGCAAGUCGGAGGAGGUCAAAGUGAAUGGCGGUGGGAGCGGUAGCGGGGGUGGUGGCGGCGGAGGCGGAGAGAAGGAGCAGAAGAAGAUAAUGCAGCAAGACAAGAAGAAAGUCAAAGGGCUCGGGAAAGAAAUAACUCUUCUGAUGCAGACCCUGAACACAUUGAGCACCCCGGAAGAGAAACUGGCAGGCCUCUGCAAGAAGUAUGCUGAACUGCUGGAGGAACAUCGCGGUUCCCAGAAGCAGAUGCGCACGCUGCAGAAGAAGCAGACGCAGCUGAUCCAGGAGAAGGACCACCUGCGCAACGAGCACAGCAAGGCCGUUCUGGCACGCAGCAAGCUGGAGAGCCUGUGCCGGGAGCUGCAGAGGCACAACCGCACGCUCAAGGAGAGUGGUGUCCAGCGCGCACGGGCAGAGGAGGAGAUGAGGAAGGAGGUGACGUCCCACUUCCAGGUGACGCUGAACGACAUUCAGGCCCAGAUGGAGCAGCACAACGAGAACAACGCCACGCUGCGCAAGGAGAACAUGGAGCUCGCCGACAAACUCAAGAAGCUCAUCGAGCAGUACGAACUCAGAGAAGAGCAUAUAGACAAAGUAUUCAAGCACAAAGACCUGCAGCAGCAGCUGGUAGACGCUAAACUACGGCAGGCCCAGGAGCUCCUGAACGACUCCGAGGACCGACACAAGAAGGAGAAGGAGUUUCUUUUAAAGGAGGCCAUGGAGUCUCAGAGAAUGUAUGAGCUGAUGAAGCAGCAAGAGGAACACUUACGGGAGCAGUUAUCGUUAUACACCGAGAAGUUCGCGGAGUUCCAGAAUACGCUUUCCAAGAGCAACGAGGUGUUCACAACAUUCAAACAGGAGAUGGAGAAGAUGACCAAGAAGAUCAAGAAGCUAGAGAAGGAGACGACCAUGUACAGGUCGCGCUGGGAAAGCAGCAACAAAGCCCUGCUGGUCAUGGCCGAGGAGAAAACGAUGCAGGACAAGGAGUUGGAGGGCAUGCAGCAGAAGGUUCAGCGGCUGGAGAAGCUGUGCCGGGCGCUGCAGAUCGAACGCAACGAGCUCAGCAAGAAGAUCCAGGACCUGGGCACCACCAGCACGGGAGGUGACGCAGACGGCAGUAACGCCGCCCCAGCAGGGGCUGCAGCAGCAGCAGCAGCCGCCGCAGGAGGAGGAGAGGAGGUGGAGGAGGAGGAGGAGGAGAUCACUGCAGAGCAGGAGCAGGAGCAGGCCACCUCCUCGCAGCUCACAGACUCUGAGGCAGGCGAGUGCCAGGCAGAGACUCUGGCCGCCGACACUGAGGCCCCCUGUCCCGCUGCCAUGUGCCACUGCGGCCCGGAGCUGGCUGCCGACGUACAGCCAGAGGCCUGCAUGCUCGCGGCCCAGGAUUGAGGAACCCCCAUACCAUACCAU